ACCACCCACAUCACCCCCAUGGCCGAAACCCCAAUUCGAUUCGGCAUCCUCGGCUGCGCCGACAUAGCCCGAAAACUAUCACGAGCCAUAACCCUCGCCCCCAACGCCGCCCUCCACGCCGUCGGCAGCAGAUCCCUCGACAAGGCCGCCAAAUUCGCCGCCGCCAACGGCUUCCCCCCCUCCGCCAGGAUCUACGGCAGCUACAACGCCGUCCUCGACGACCCCGACGUGGACGCCGUCUACGUCCCGCUCCCCACCAGCCUCCACGUCACGUGGGCGGUCUUGGCGGCGGAGAAGAAGAAGCACGUCCUCUUGGAGAAGCCCGUGGCGCUCAACGUGUCGGAGUUUGAUCGGAUUGUGGAGGCGUGUGAAUCCAAUGGGGUGCAGCUCAUGGACGCUACCAUGUGGAUGCAUCAUCCCAGGACUGUUAAGAUGAGCGAGUUUCUGUCCGAUUCGAAGCUGUUUGGCCAACUCAAAUCGAUACAGAGCUGCUUCUCAUUUGCUGCGGGCUCAGAUUUUCUCCAGAAUGACAUCCGAGUGAAGCCGGAUCUAGAUGCUCUUGGUGCUCUUGGCGAUGUUGGGUGGUACUGCAUCAGGUCCAUACUCUGGGCUGCCAAUUUCGAGCUGCCUAAAACAGUAACAGCUCUUCGGGGCGCUGUACUCAAUGAAGUGGGGGUAAUUCUGUCAUGUGGUGCUUCUUUGAAUUGGGAAGAUGGUAAAGUUGCAACCUUCCACUGCUCGUUCCUCUCCAAUUUGACCAUGGACGUGACCGCCAUUGGAACGAAGGGAACUUUGCAUCUUCGGGACUUUGUUAUUCCUUUUGAAGAGGAAAAGGCUUCGUUUUCUGCGGGGACGGAAUGUUGGUUCACGGAACUUGUGACUGGGUGGGUACCAAAGCCCAGUGAGCACACUGUCUUGACAGACCUACCCCAGGAAGCCUGCAUGGUGAGGGAGUUUUCUAGGUUGGUAGGGGGUAUAAAAGGAAACGGACUAAAACCAGAGAAGAAGUGGCCGACCCUAAGUAGGAAGACUCAGUUGAUUUUGGAUGCAGUGAAGGUAUCGAUCGAGAAGGGUUUUGAACCCAUUGAGGUUGUGGGUUAAUUCAGAGUCAGAGUCUCUCUACUUCUAAUACCUGGUAUUAUUCUGGAGCUGGAUUGCCGUUUAUUGCAUAUGUUCAGUUAGAUUGUAACUUUCCUCUGUUCUAAGCUUGAAUAUGGAAUUUGAGGGCCUUGUACUCUCUGUUCUAGGUUUCUCAAUUUAGGACCUACCGUGGGAUACUUCAAGCUUUGAUUGAUAAUAUCACGACAAUAAGCAGUUUAUGUGAUUGGGGACUAGAUGGGUUUUGUUAUUGUUAUUAUUGUAAGGAGUUUACGUGAUGUAGAAAAACCAGUAAUUAUUUCGUUUAAUCGGUUUCUGCCAAUA